UUCUAGGGUUUCUCUCUCUCUGCUCUCUGCCACAAGUUAUGCUAACCUGCGUCGGUUGGCGUUCAUGGCAGGGAAAAAGGGGAAAGCUCGUGCUCCCGCUAUAAGGAAAGGGGGGAAGCGAGGACGCCCUAGAAAAAUACCAAUUUUGAGUAUUGAUAGCUCGGUAAGCUCACGUCCACACAUUUUUACCCCAGCUCUGACCAUUAAACAUGAAAUUGUUACACCUCUAGUCACAACGUUAUCAAUUGUUGCACCAGCUUCAAGGAAUUUGCAAGCGGAGACCUCGACGGGUGCGAUUAAGAAACUGCAACUAACUAAUCCAUCUACUCAAGGAAACAACUUAUCCCAAUCCAUAGAUUUGGGGAUGAUGACACCACCUCCACUAACGGUACUGUAUCAAGCUACUGAAACUCUGCAAUCUCUGAUGGUUCCAUCAUUGACAGCUGCGAUUACAGUACAGACCAUUGUUCCGUUGAUGGCUUCACCUCCGAAAAUAACGCUUCUGCUACCAAAAUCUCUUAUUGCUGAUCUCCAGGCUAUACCCAAGCCAAUGUGGGCUAGUUUGUUUUACAUGUGGCCAGGGAGACAGACUUGAUCCAUAGCUAUAUUACUCAGGGACUACUUAGGGGAGCUCCAUUUCAUUCAGAGCUGCAGCUUUUGGUAUUGAUUCUUUUGUGUACAUAUUUAUGGGCAUAGCGGGGUCCUGUCCUGCCUAUAUGAUAUGACAGACUCUUCUUAGAGGCUCGUAGACAUGUAUAUAUGGUUAGAUAUAUUUGGCCUUGUCGGCCUAUAUUUUGGAUAUCAUUUUGUUUGCC